AUGAGAAUGUCCCUGGCACAGAGAGUUUUGCUCACCUGGCUUUUUACUUUACUCUUUUUGAUUAUGUUGGUGUUGAAGCUGGAUGAGAAGGCCCCCUGGAGCUGGUUUAUCAUCUUUAUUCCAGUCUGGAUAUUUGACACCAUACUUAUCGUCAUGCUGAUUGUAAAGAUGGCUGGAAAGUGCAGAUCUGGCUACGAUCCUAGGAAUAAUGCGCAAAACAUGAAGAAAAAGUCGUGGUAUCUUACAGCUAUGCUACUGAAAUUGGCAUUCUGCCUAGCUCUGUGUGCCAAGCUGGAAAAGUUUGCAAAUAUGAACUUAUAUUUUGUGUUUAUUCCAUUAUGGAUUUUGCUUAUUGGAGGACUAAGUGAACUUGGAUACAAUGUGUUCUAUGUGAGAAGAGACUAGCUCCGGUCUUGCACGCUCUGUGUAUUAUCCUCACAGAAAAUCCAACUAUAUAGUUCAUGUACACAGAUACCAGGUCACCUGGCACUUUA